AUCAAGGCUCUGCAAUGAGAUAUGUUGUAAGCCCAAGUUGUGACCGUGUUCUGCUCUCCAUGUGUCAAGCUCUGCAAACCAACACUGGUGUUGCUAUUUCCAAUUCAUCAACCAUGUCUGGUGCACCAGAGUCUUUAUGUGAACUGUCAUACCAACUAGGACGAGCUCUUUAUAAUGUUGUGUGCACUCAGUCUGUUGAUCAUUACAUGCUAGGGGACUUGUUCAAGGGGCUUGCAGAGACAGGGUGUUGGAUGUGUCUCUCCAGGUUCGACUCUCUUUCCGCUCCAGUGCUCUCAGUUGCCGGGCAACUAGCAGCUGAGGUGCAGAAGGCGUUACGAGGAGGAAAGCCGUCAAUUACUCUCAUGAGUGAAGAGGUCACGCUCUCCCCGACUGCUGCAUGUUUUAUCACACUAGACGGUGCUAAAGAGCCACAAAAAUUAAAAACUGGAUUUAAAAGCAUGUUAAAUGUAGCUGUUCCCACUAUGCUUGCUUUGCCAGAGGAAUGCUCAACUUAUUUUAGGACAGUAAAUGCAGUUCAACCAGACCGACGUCUAGUUCUUGAGAUUCAGCUUCUCUCACAAGGAUUCACUCAAGCUGAUCAACUAUCAAGGAAACUUUGUGUCUUCCUUGAUCUCUGCAGCUCCCUGCUAUCAACCCUACCAACACAACAAGAACAUGACCCCGCAAUGAGGGAGAAUUCUUCAGCUGCCGAGUGCAGCAAACAUGGUAUUGGUUGUCAUGACAACAGCUACACCUCCAUAUCACUAAUGGAACACGUGAUCACGGGAGCUGGAGUUGUGUUGGAUGUUUUGUUUCGUGAACAGAUUGAGAUGAAACAUGAAUAUCGAGAAGUCAUUGCUUCAAAAACAAGAAAAUUUGCUGGAAUAUGGAAACACAGAUCAAGUCUUAUGUCAAGUUCUGGAGGUCUUGUGCCAAGUUCUAAUGCUGCAGAUGAUAACGGUCACGAUGGCCUACUUGGAAUCGGAGUGUCUGCAUCCUCUUUGGCGCCAUCGGUUGAUCCUACCACUCAGGAAGCUAUUCAAGCAAACAAGGAUCGGGAGGUAGUAGAAUCGGAUGCGGAAGCAAUGAGGAAGAUGGAAGAGGUUGCUGUUGUCACUGCUCUCCGCAACAUCCUCGCUCCUCGCCUCCCAAUGAAAGAGGAUCGGAGCUUGGUCUCCACUUUUGUGAUGGACUUAUGGCCGGAUGCAGAUGUUGAUUUCGGAUUAGAAGAAGAGGAAGAAGAAAGGACCGAAGUCCCAAGAGGAGAGUUUACUUCUCCUCCAGAGGACUGGGAUGAAGAGAUGAAUGCUGAUGUGACCAUCCCAGACAACCUGGCAGAUUCCGAAACUCGACCUUUUGACCCAAAACUACCGGAGCAUGAACCAGUAAACGACGUUGAAGCUGCUGUUGCCAUAGCAACAAAGGAGUGUGGGUUGAGCCCAGCUGUAAAGUUUCAAGCGAAGGCUGCACAACUUACUGAGCUUUCUGAAUCCAUCAAGUCAGUAAUAGUGUGUGGAGGUGCGGGGUGUGGGAAGUCUAAGUGUGUGGAGGUUUAUACACAAACUCAAAAGCAACUUGGGUUCCAUGUUAUUUGCAAAAAGGUUUAUAUAAAUGCAAUUGAUUCACAAAGGAAAUUGUUUGGUUACUUUGAAAGUCCCACCAGAGAAUGGAAAGAUGGGCUAAUGCAAACACUACUAAGACCUCAUUGUCUGGGACAAGACACGCCUACUUCUACAGAGAACUCGUUGAAGCCAAAUGUCUUCAUCCUCCAUGUGGAUGGGAAGAUGCGAGCAGAAGACACUGAUCUCUUUCUUCAGAUCCUCCGGACUCAACCAGGAAGUGGAUCAUGGCUCUCUCUUCCCAACAAUGAGAGGUUGCGAUUGCCUCCGGAUCUGAGAGUGAUCUGGGAGAUGGAGAACCUUGCAUCACUUGAUCCCAGUGUGAUAUCUAAACUUGGAGUACUGGGAUUCAAUUCAACAGAAGUAACCUGGAAACUGCAUUUAUCCCACUGGCUUCAAAAUCUUCCUGAUUCCAUUGUAAGCAUCACAAAGGACAUUGUGAUGCGAUACUUGCCCACACUGGUGAAUCAUUUCAGCAAGUUCACUGCUCCUGCACAUCUGGUUGAUAAUGGAGCUAUUCAACUGCAACAAACAAUUCGAAUUUCAAAUCAAGCUAUGACGGCAACAUUCUGCAAACUUAUGGACUGCUUCUUACCACACAGCGAGGAUGUUUCACCAGUAGAAAGAGAAAGAUUUGUCGGCUACUGCGCUUUCUGGGCGUUCGGUGGUACUUUAGAGGGUGCUGGACGGGAUUCCUUCGCAUCUUGGUGGAGUGAGACAUGGCCGAAUUUGUUCCCAAUUAAUGGAUCUGAUGUUUGGAGGCAAUUUGUGGAUGCGGAGACACGAUUAUUCGCUCGCUGGGAAGAUCAUCUUCCUCAGUUCUCAGGGUCCAGUCUGGUUAGCGGCGCAUUCGUGCCUACACCGGAUACAUGUCAGCUUACUCAUAUUGUAGGGGCUUUAUUAGAUGCUGGACAUGCAGCUAUGAUUGUGGGGCCUCCUGGUUGCGGUAAAAGUGCGUUAGUUCGUGAACGAAUCCAUACCGUAAGCUCUGGGGAAGUGGCAGAGGUUUUGAGUCUUUUCCUUCACUGCAACAGGCUCACAGAAGCAGGCACGCUGUGGAAGCAAGUAUCUCAACACUUAGAAUGGAAACACGGGGUUACUUAUACACCACGAGGAAACAAGAAGUUACUUUGUAUGGUAGAUGAUGUAAACCUGUCGCGACCGCUUGGAACCGAAAAUGAAAACAUGUAUUUGCAAUCAGCUUGCGAAUUAAUCCGGCAACAUCUAGAUGUAGGUGGGGUGAGAAAUCCCAAUACUAAUAAAUGGCAGCAAGUGAGCAGCACUUCUUAUGUGACGACCUGCAAUCCCAACCACACGGGGACCUCGUGUGCCAUGAGUCAGCGCAUGACACGGCAUUUUUCUGUCUUCUCAUGCCCAUACCCUUCUGCUACCUCCCAACAUGCUAUAUACAGCACUUUGGUCCAAAGUCACUUUUUGGUGGAACCUUCCUUAUCAAACAGAACAAAUAACAUUGAAAGAGACCGUGCUUUCCAGAACCUACUAUCUAGCAUAACACUUGUAACAGUCGAGCUGCAAGAGCGCCUACGGGGUAUGUACCUCUCCACACCUGAGCGAGCACACUACACAUUUGCGCUCAAUGACCUGGAACGUAUUUUCCGUAACCUCAUGCUCUCACUUGGUCCCGACUGUCACCAGAGGGAGCUAUUGUUGCUAUGGCGACAUGAAUGUGAUUGGUCGUAUGGAAAAAGAAUGGUUUCUGACGUUGAUUGUGAAAGGUAUCUACAAGCACUGGAUACAGCAGUUCGGAAGCAUCUAACAGAAAAUAAAUACCUUCCGCUAGUUUUAGCCUCCAAACAACCACUUUUCAGCAGUGUUCGAGAACUUGAUAGUGGCUUGGUCACUGCUGGCAGACAUUUUGGUCGAAAUUCAUCAAGAGCAUCUGGUUCCGGCAACAGCGGAGGUCAUGUGACUGAUUAUUACAAACCAGCGCAAAGUGAGAAGGAAGUCCAGCAACUUUUAAUGGAAGCUGUGAAGGAAUACAACAAAAUCAAUGUUCAGAUGAAGCUGUCACUUUACAGUGACACCAUUGCACUAGUUUGCAGGUUGGCACGCGUCAUACAAAGUCCCCACCCCAUCUCACACACACUUCUGUUUGGUGAUGGCUGUCCAGUAUUGGCUCAGCUUACAGUAAAGCUAGCUGCACAUUUGGGAGGUUUUCGUGUGGUAACACUGCCUCCAAUCAUUGCUCCUUCUACCACCGACAGCCAUUCCCACAACAUGGGAGGGCCAUCCUCAUCAUCAGAUCUUGAGCGCACACGUUUAGCUCACAUGAAAAAACACCUUGUUCAACUUUAUAACCAAGCUGGAGUGAAAGGAGAAAAGCUUGUGUUUUUACUACAUGAUGACAAGGAAGUAACACACGAGUGCCUUACCAUGGUAGAAGAGCUUGUAAGACACGGUUCUAUCUCCCACCUCUUUACAAACGAUGAACAAACCACAAUAGCCAACUCAGUACGCAGUGAAGUCACUGCCGCAGGUCUCACUUACUCAAGAGAUGUUGCAUGGAACUUCUUCCUAAACACAGUCACCAAGAAUCUAAGGGUUGUCUUCAUUUGUUCACAAACAGGUGCCCCCUUUAUGGAAAAGAGCUUGGAAUUCCCAGCUUUAUUCUCUCGAAUGAGCUGUGUAGCUUUAGACCACUGGUGUCAUGACCAACUAGUGGCAAACGCCAUGUACCAUGUAACCAAUGGUCACCAGGAUACAGUUGGGAUUUCAAACGAUCUGAUUGGUGGAGAGGCAGAUCACGUGAUGGAUGACAGAUGGCGGGAAAAUGUGGUUCAUCUUUUGGCAAACAUGCACGUGGCAGUGAGGGAAAAGGACAACAACAAGUUUUACAAAAUUCAGGGUCAUGUGUGUAAUUAUGCUUUUGAAAAACUGGUUGAACGAUUUGUGUGUGUCUAUCGUGAUCGCCGCAAGAUGGUGCAAGAGAGCCAUGAGUCGAUUAAAGGGGCACUGGAAAAUAUUGAUCGCGAAAAUCUAGUUGCAGAAGCUUUACAGAAAGACUUGGAUCGUGAAAAACAGGUGUUAGAUGAGCACAAGUCAGGAACUCUGAAGUUACUUGCACAGAUUGGACAAGACAUGGUGAUCACUGAGCAGCAGGUUUCAGCUGUUAGAAAACAGAUUCGAAAAAUUCGUCAUUUAAAGAAAUCACUUCCAGAGUAUGAACUUGCUCAUGAAAAAGCUGUGUUUAAAGCUGCAGCUAUUGUUGCUGAUACUAAGACUGUUGUUAAAGAGAUUAAUAUACAGGAUCUCUCGGAGCUCCGAUCUCUUCAGAAGCCGGACUCCGAUGUUGAGGACUUGAUGGCAGCGAUCAUCAUGAUCCUCAAGUCUCCAAACUCUGAUGUUACUUGGAGCAAAGGAGCGAAGAGGCAGAUGGCAAAUCUCGAUCGAUUUUUAGACGAACUUGCGAACUUUGAUGAAGUCCCAAUGCCUCAGGGAACUUUGGAAAACUUAGAAUCUUUUUGGGAAAAAGAAACUUUCACUCCAGAAAACUUGACUGCAAAAGCUGGUGGCAACACUGCUGCAGGUUCACUUCUGAAAUGGGUGCAAGGUGUGGUGAGGUACCACACCACAAUGAUAAACAGGGUGAAGCCAUUGCAUGCAAAAGUACAAGAAACAGCUUCUUCUAUUGGUGAUGCCCAGCAUAAACUAAGGCAGCUUGAGAGCAAGAAGGGAGCAUUAGAGGCUCGCUUACAUGACCUUGCUGAGGGUUUUGAGCAAGCCACAGCUGAUAAGAAUACGCAAGAAGAGAAAAGAAUGGAGAUGCAGGACCACUCGGUGGCAGCAGAGUUCCGACAAGUUUUGACAGAGGAACAUAAACGAUGUUGUGCCGCACUAAACUCACAUAAGGUGGGAUAAAAUUUGAUUGUUUAAGUUUCAACUGUAAAAUCUUAGAA